AUAUCUUUUUAUGUCAUUAUGCAUCAUUAUUUGCGAAACGGAUCCAAACUGCUGAGAGUGAGUGUACUCGAUAACCCCCAAAAAUAUCUGAAAUAUGUCGAUAAUCUACAUCUUGUGUGCCAAUCCAUGUGAGGUUUGUACAACAGCUUUGAUCUAAAGAGUGCAGUUGAAGUACGUAGCUCAUAAAUGAUGACUGAGGCAAUUCUGUCAAGAAAUGGCGAAGAAAGCCCAACCACACACCUUGAUUUCAUCCUGGACGAUUCAAUGAUGACAGCAUCCGGCUAUGCACAAGUGGUGUUCCACAAUGUACAGGAGAGAUAUGCCCCUGGUUCACACAUUGAAUGCAAGUACACCUUGACACCGGCCAUCCGGCCCACAUCUCGGGACUGGGUGGGCAUCUUCAAGGUGGGCUGGAGUUCCACCCGGCAGUACAAGGCCUUCGACUGGGCCCCUCAUCCCAACAACUGGCAAGAGGGGCAUGAAUAUGAGCAGUCAGUCAUGUUCAGUUCUUACUACCUCCCCAAGGAGGAGGAUGGUGAGUUCUACCAGUUCUGCUACAUCGAUUCAGCUGGUAAGAUGCGGGGGGCCAGCACCCCCUUCCAGUUCCUGGAGCGCUCCGUGGACGACUUUGUGGAAGUUGAGGAAGAGUCUAUGGGGCUCAUGAUGAUACAGACCAAGAGCUCUGUCUAUGAAGAGCAGCUGAAGAAGAUCAUCCAGGAAAAAGAUGAUCUCCUCAAAGCACAGGUUGAGAUGCUGUCCCGUAUCAAACAUCUGGAGUGCCAGGCGGUGACAAUGGAAGAGCAGUUCAAGGAACAAGAGCAGACAGUAGCCGAAGUCACUGCAGACCACCAGGAGCUCAAAGAGCAACACCAGAGCCUGCUGCGUGAGAAGACGAUCCUGGAGGGGCGGCUGGAGGAGACCCUGAAUGCCCUGAGCAGCCUGGAGCAGGACAAGGCCCGCUGCGAGAAGGCGCUGGAGGCCACCAAGACCAAGCUGCAGGAGGCCCAGGGCCAGACGGCCAAGGCAGCGGCCGAGAAGGACCAACUGGUCAAGGACCUGAGCCAGGUGUUGCGGGAGAGGGAUGAAUUCAAGAGCCAGUUUGCAUCCUCGGAGAACUCAAACAAGGUCCUGCGCAGCGAUAUCUCCAGCCUGAUGCAGCAACUGUCGGCCACAAGCCAGGCCAACCAGGAGGUCAAGCAGCAGGAGGUGCUGGCCAGGGAGGAGAAGCGCCGGGUGGAACAGGAGCUCUUGGUCGCCAAGGCCGAUCAGAAUCACAUUCGAAGCACUGAGCAGAAGCUACAGUCACUGGAAGAUCAGUAUGCAGUGUGCAAAACCAACAAGAGGAUGCUGUGCGAGGAGAUUGACACCCUAAAGGACAUCCAGCACAAACUCUCAAAUGACCUGCAGCGGGCAGAGACUGACAAAGACGCCCUGAAGAGCCGCAUUGUGCGCCUGGAGAAUGAACACAGAGAGCGGGAGAAGCAGCUGAAGAGCAAACUGCAUCUCCAGCAGCACCAGGGACGAGAGAGGGAAACCAUGCUCCAAGAGCAGGUGCAGGCCCUCAAGGAGAGCAUCAAGCAGCUGGCCGAGGAGAAGGAACAAGCCCUGCGCUCCAACAAGGGUCCCAUGGAAGCCUCCCAGGUUGUCAUGAAGGAGCUGAAAGAGAAACUCAAGAAAGCCAAGGGGAAGCUGGAGGAGGAGACUAAGAAGAGAGUGGAACUCCAAAAGAAACUGAACACCCUGGAAUCCACCCAUACCCAGCAACAGAGCGACCUGACCCGGGAGGUCAGCGACAUGAAGCUUCGCCUUCAGAUGGGUGCAGAGGAGUACAAGAAGAAGUUUCUGGAGUGCCAGCAGCUGGAGAGCAAGCUAAAGAAGAGGUCAGGUCAGAGGGGCCGCACCGCAUCCCGAGAGGAGAGCCCAGCCAUCAAGGAAGACGAAAGAAAGCUCCAUGAGCCCCUGCAGCACCAAGCCAGUCCUUCCAGGGGGGGCUGCGAAAGCCCCGAGAAAUCCUUUGACAAUGCCGAGCUGCAGACACAGUUGAAGGAUCUGGCCCAAGAACUGGAGGAGCGCAGCACCAAGGUCCUGAAGUACAAGGAGCUGUACCAGGUCGAGAAGCAGCGACGACAGCACCAAGAGGAGACCUUCCAGAAGGAACGCAUCGCAUUUGAGAUGCAACUGGAGGCAGCCAACAGCUGGGCCCAGGAGCUGGAUGAGAAAGAGGAAGACAAUCAGAAACUCCGUGAGAAGGUCAGCCAGCUGCACACUGACUACAUGAAGAUGAAGCACACCCUUGAAGUGUACAAGUUUGAUGUCCUGCAGAAUGCCAGCCCAACUGCUGGGAUGCCUGCCACAGCCUCGCCGCCAAGCACUCCCCCCCAAAUAAGCCCCAUUCAUUCCCCUCUGCGUGUUCACCUUCCCGGUCCCCCCGCAGGGCAGUACAUGUUCCGGAACCCCUACACUGAGGGGGGAUCUGUUCCGCCAGGAUGCACCUUCCCAAAUCCUUACACCGACCCACCCAGCGAGAUUGCACGCAGCGAAAUCCGCAAACCGCCAGGCUACAAUCCUUUCCAGGCAGAGGAGGCGUCGAAGGAAGAGCCACUCAUCACGCCAACGGCUCCCCCUCUUAUUUCAACUCCGCCAAGCCUGAGUAAGAUUCCGGCUGUCCCUGAGUUGCCCCCCAAGAACCCCCCUGACACGGGAAGCAAGGGUGAAAAGCCCCCCCUUCCCGAGCCCCUUAAGCCAGACGUGCUGCCCGAGGGGAAGAUUGCUGCCAUCAAGACGGUAGCCAAGAAACAAGUCCGUCUCCUGGACUUGGCUGCCACCGUGGGACACCCUGAGGGUAGUGAAGAGGAGAGCAGAGAGGAGGGGCCAAACGAGUUCCAUGAUGCCUGCGAAGACUUUCCGCCAGGCGAGGGCGACAGCAGCAGCGUAAAGACGUGCCCGGAGUGCAACAUGCACUUCCCGCCCACAUUCUCGGAAGAGGACUUUGCCGCCCAUGUCCAGAACCACUUUGCCCGGAUCUGCCCCAUGUGCAACAUGAUGAUGCCCUGCGAGAUGCCCAAUGCUGACUACGAACGUCACGUGCAAACGCACUUCACCGAGGAUUAGAGGGCAACCUGACUCCCAACCCUCAACGGGAAAGGGUAAGAAAAAUCAAAAUAUUCCAGAUGAUUCCAAAACUUAUUCAAGCUCAACUCUCCAGUUAGAGGCCCUUGUCCUUUUGACCUUUGAACCAUGGAGUGCAUGUUUGGAAAAUUAAUGUUAUGAGUAUGUGACUCACGCGUUUUGUAUAAUACAUUGUCAUUCUCUGGGCAGUAAUUAUGCUAGCCGCAUAAUAAGAAAUAAUUUAAAUGGCAAAGGUCAUAAAUAGUGUAAGAUGUAGUUUUUAUUAGCAACCAAUGGUCAUGAAACACUUUAAACAAACUGCUCUGGCAAAGUAAUCAAGUUUUCUUCUGGUUAUUUUCAAUUCUUCUGUUUUGUGCUUGAGUUGCACAUAAUUCAUUUUCAGUUUUCAUGUGUUGCAUAUGAAGUAGUCCUUUAAACCACUUCGGUUUUCACAUAAAAAGGAAAAUUGAAAAGUCAGUCCUGAAGUAAUUCAAUUACCUAACCGAUGAGAUACAUUACAUUAUUAUACAAGAAAGUAAAUAUAUAGCUCUGCUUUGGGGUUUUUUUCAGGUGGGGGUUGGAUUGUGUCUGUAGGUAUUUUUAUUCAUCUUUUAACAGAGAGGGUUUAGAACUGUGAUUUGUUUUGCCUUAAUUAUAAUAAAUAUAAACAAUUACACUUUUUCUCUUUUAAGAUUUUGGUUUAAAAUAUUUGGUUACAUAAUAUGACCUGACCAAGCAAUGUUAGCUGCCCAUAUGUUCUAACAUACACUAGCUGGCUGAAUAUAUUAAUUAGUGUAUAAUGUCCAUUAAAGGUCAUUGUUCAUCGUAGAUGCAUGUCCCAUUAACUAUGGUAAAACUGCAUUAAACAAGUAGUUUUCAGUACACUGUGGAUAGCAGCCAUUGCUUUUCAGUGUAUAGACAGAUUUAGCACAUUCUGCUUGAGAACUGUCCAAGUAUAAGCUCGAGGUUGUAGAGUUCAGAUGUACCACCCUUACCAAUUUAAUAUUAAUGAGAUUUGAAGGAGCAUGUGGAAUAUUUAUUAAGUUUGAAGCAGCACCGGUAUAAAAAUAUUGUUAAGAUGUGUGGCAGAGUAUAAAAAGAUUAACCAGAUGUGUAAACAGAUGUGCAAACAAAAAAUAAAAUUGGUCAGAACUUUAACGGCAACUUUAAAAAAAUCGUAUAGUGUGACACUGUAGAGGCUUACCAAAUAUGUGAAGCCUUAAAAAAGACAAAAAUUAUGACCUGGAAUUACAUAUAUUUGUCUGUCUGAGUUUUGUCGGAAAAAAAAUUAUGAAUUACAAUGUUUCUUUCAGUAUUCACAAAAGGAUUUUUUUUUUCUUUCUUUUUUUGAAAUAAAGUUAGACUGACUUGCAUGAUGAAAACUUUCCAAGAGUCUUUAUUAGUUUUUUGCGUAGGCACAUACAUAACGGAAUAAGCAAAUCACUGAUAUCUUGUCUGAACGUGUCUGAACCAGAAUGUGUGAAAUGCGAACAAAUUGUAUGUAGAUUAAACUUGGACUUUAGAACAAGUAAGCAACCAUUUGAAGUAGGGAUAUUUGAUGGUUUUUAAACCAAUUUUCGUUGUGAAACACAAGUUUAAGAAUAUCAUUAUGAAAAUGAAACUCUGUUAGCUCUGGAAGUAUUUUGAGAAAGCAAGUGAAAGUAAUGUAUAUUGUACAGUUUACUCAGAAUGAAAUAAAGCUUUAAUGUAGACAAGUAGCCAGUACCAACCAGAGUGUUUGGUGGUUGAGACCAGUUCACAGCAUAAAUGCAGAUUUUGUGGCAGUGAGCUUGAAUCUAUACAUGCAGCAUCAAAACUUUUGAAAAGUGCACCAAUACAGACAAGCUUUCGAGACUAAAAGCAAUGUGUUCAUUUGGUAGUUUUUAAAGUACUGUGUUGUAAGUUAUCAAAUGAAAUUAUUUUUAACAUGAAGAACCAAAGCAACUCCAGUUCUGCGUGCACUGAAGAUUGUAACAUGAUUGUACCAUAAUCUCAUAGGAAGCAGCCCCCCCAAAAAUGACAGUUUAUGUUGGAUUUUGUGUGUGUGCAUAGGUGGUUGCCAUAAUUUGUAGCGUGGAAGGUCAUAGGUGAAUACCGGUUGUAUUGUUUGGGAAACUUUUGUGAUGUCAGCUGAGCAAAGUGCACAGCAAUUGUAUGUAAAAUACCAAAGACCAUCGGGCAUCAAGUCAGUCAUGUUGGGGUCUUAAAGGAGCAGUUUAGGCCUCUUCAAAGGCCAACGUGGGUUCACUGGAUAUGUGACUCGUGGCAUAUGCAAAAACUUCUAUUUCAGUCGUCUCUUGCUAAAUUAAGUCUGAAAGCAGGUCACUGUAGCCCUUGAAAAUAUGCUUGACUCAUAGCUUGCAAUGAGCUUGUGCAUGGCAGGCAAGUGAACAAACAUUUAACUUCCAACUUUGGAGCAAUUGUAAGGAUAUUACACCAGUAACAUGGAAAGUAUUAAUGAUUAACAUAAGCAUGCAAAUUGUGUAGGUGUGUCAGUACAUAUUUGAAGUGACUUGUGUACGUAAGCAUGAUUUUUGCGGAAAUUGUUAACCACCUCGUCAGUAUGUUUCCUGGUUUUUCCCAAGUACGUUUGCAUCGGAGCGUGGUAAUUCUGUCUUAAUUCAUUAGAAAGAAAUGAGUGGGUGUGUUUAUUAUAUGUGUACUUUUUAAAGGCACUGCUGACUGGAGUCGGUAUAAUGCCACUUAUUUAAUGGAAACCACAACUUCACAAAAUCUAGAAGUAAUGUGAAGCAUUCUUAUUUGAGAAAUAACAUUUUAUCAGCUGAGGUACCAGGUGCAGAUCCAAGACGGGAGGUUGGGGUCAAACCCCCCUCCCCAGAGAAACAAAAGCAAAAAGGUAAAUAGGGGAGGUAACUUUUUAAAAUAAUAAAAAGUAAAUUUAAAAACAAGAUCGUCCAAUUCUUAUGGGUACAGCAAUACCAUUGUAAACAAUGUACGUCAUGUAAUGUUUCAUAAUUACUUCCGCUUGUCUGCAAAAAUCAGAGUUUCAA